GAAGGAGACGAGAUCGGAUGGAGAGGACGAGCGGAAGAAGAAGAAGAGGAAGAGGAAGCGGCGGAGAAGAGAGUGGAGUGUGUUGUGGGGAGGAGAUAUGGAGUGGGUGUGCGACCGGAUCGCCUACCCCCGCUCGUGACCUGCAUCUUCUCUUUGUUGGAUCCCCUCCCUUUCUUCAUCGCUUUUCGAUUCCUUUUCCUUCUGGUGUCGGAAAAAGCUGCUCUUGAAUCAUUCGUCGCCGCAAGCGAACAGAUAGACUGUUCCUGCGGAGUUUCUUGAUUUCUCUCUGGAUUGAAGGCCGAUUCUUCUGUUUUCUGGAAUCUGUGAAUUUUUUGCGACAAAUAGCUGGAUCUUGGUUGGUUUCUGUUCAUGGAUUUAGAUAUUGAUCUUUAAGGAUGCUUUUGAGGUUGGGCGAUGUCGGAAAUUCGUGCAACCCUUUGGUUCGAUCAAGAUUUGGUUAUUGAAGACACUUCAUCGAAGGGUACUUGGAAUUGAAAUCGAGUAUACCCUACUUUGUGGUUUAUGGAAGAAACAAAGGUCAUCGAAGAUCAAUUCUCUGGAGAACAUCUGCUAACUAUUUCUUGUUCAGCAGAAAGUCUGCCAACCAUAGGACCUCCAAAAUUUUCAUGCCAUGAUGAAAACGUUGACACAAUUCACCAUCAAGAAGGAGCUACAAAAAAAGCCGAGAAAAAAGUUGAGCAGUAUAUUGCUGAUAAUGCUGAAUAUGUUGACAGACUGGACACCAAAAACCAGAAGGAAGCUAUCAUUAAGGAGCCGGAGCUAUCACUUAAGCAUAUUGUAUCUGAUGUCCCGUCAUUGGGCCAAAAUACACUUGAUCACAUUGUCGUUACUAAUCACCAGCAGGGAAUGAUUUUAGAGGAUUCUGUGUGCCCGGUUCAACAAGGUCUUUCUGCUAUCUCAUCACAAGACCAUAAUAUACCUGAUCCUCAGAUCUCAAAUGUAUCGGGGGAUUCUAUUUCAGGUGUUUCAGUUCUGUCAUAUGGAGAUAUUACUUAUCCUAUUUCUCAUUCAUUUGAGCUACAGAAAAUGGAGUUGGAAAGUACUCCAAGCCAACUUCAAAAUGGCACAUCUAUCAACCUUGUUGAGACUCCAAGAGUUACUGAUUCAACUACCUCAUGUGAAAAUAGAAAGAUCAUGGAGAGCACACCUUCUUUGCCUGAAAAACUGUGUCACCAAAAGGAUGUUGGAGCACCUGAACUGGCAACAACUGCUGAACCUAUAAAAACUGUGUAUAUAAAUAGAGGCAUUGUUGACACUUCUGCACCUUUUGAAUCUGUUAAGGAGGCAGUUACCAAGUUUGGAGGCAUAGUUGAUUGGAAAGCUCACAGGCAAAAUUCUUUGGAGAAACGUAAGCUACUCCAAUUGGAACUUGAGAGAGUGCAAGCAGAAAUCCCUGAAUGCAAAAAACAAUCUGAAGCAGCACAAGAGAUUAAAGCACAGGUACUUAAGGAGCUGGAUAGAACUAAUGUAAUCAUAGAAGAGCUAAAGCUAAACCUUGAGAAAGUCCAAACUGAAGAGGCUCAGGCAAAACAGGACUCAGAGCUGGCCCAAAUGAGAGUCAAAGAAAUGGAGCAAGGAAUUUCCACUGAAUCAAGUGUUGCUGCUAAAACACGAGUUGAGCUUGCUAAAGCUAGGCAUGAAGCAGCAGUUGCAGAACUGAAGAAGGUUAAAUCUGAGUUAAAAACUUUACAAGGAGAGUACAUGUCCUUAGUUAGCGAAAGAGAUUUUGCAACAAGACAAGCUGAAGAUGCUAUUUCUGCACUAAAGGAGAUUGAGAUGACAGCUGAGGAACUUACUCUGGAACUCAUCACAAGAAAGGAAUCACUGGAGUCAGCCCAUGCUGCACAUCUCGAAGCAGAAGAACAUCGAAUUGGUGCAGCAUUGGCAAGAGAGCAAGAUUGUCUUGCAUGGGAAAAGGAACUGAAGCAUGCUGAAGAGGAGUUGGAACAACUUAAUCAACAGCUUUUGUUGACAAAAGAUCUCAAAUCAAAACUGGAGACAGCAUCUGCUUUAUUACUCAAACUCAAGGCUGAAUUAACUGCAUAUAUGGAGUCAAAAUUGAAUCAAGAAUCUGUAAGUAUUGAGAACAAAUUAUCAGAUGAUGUCGAAGAAACAGAGAAAACGCAGAGUAUAACUCAUGCAUUAGCUUUGACCAGAAAGGAGCUGGAGGAAGUAAAAGCCAGUAUUGAGAAAGCCCAGGAUGAGGUUGGUUGUUUGAAGGUUGCAUCUUCUUCACUCAAGUCUGAGCUGGACAGAGAAAAGGCAUCUCUUACCAACUUGCAACAAAGGGAAGGGAUGGCAUCCAUAGCAGUUUCUUCUCUUGAAGCUGAGCUUGAUAGGACUAAAAAAGAUUUAGAAGUGGUUCGUGCAAAGGAAAAAACAGCCAGAGAGAAGAUGGUGGAGCUGCCCAAGUUGUUGCAACAUGCAGCUCAGGAAGCAGAUCGAUCAAAGUCUGUUGCUCAGAUAGCCCGAGAGGAACUAAGAAAGUCCAAGGAAGAAGCAGAUGAAGCAAAGGCAAGUGCAAGCACAAUAGAAAUCAGAUUACAUGCGGCUCUGAAGGAAAUCGAGGCAGCUAGAUCAUCAGAGAGGAUGGCGCUUGUUGCAAUUAAAGCACUGCAAGAGAGUGAGCAGGCUGCAAGCAUCUGUGGUACAGAUUCUCCUCACAGUGUGACUCUUCCGUUGGAUGAAUACCACAAUCUCAGUAAGAGAGCUCAUGAAGCUGAGGAGCUUGCCCAUGAAAGAAUAGCAGCUGCAAUUGCACAGAUUGAUGUGGCUAACCAGUCUGAGGUGAAGAGCUUAGAGAGACUUGAUGACGCAUAUGGAGAGAUGAGGGCACGAAAGGAAGCAUUGAAAGUUGCUACAGAGAAAGCUGAGAAGGCCAUGGAAGGGAAAUUGGGUGCGGAACAGGGGUUGAGGAAAUGGAGAGCUGAGCAUGAACAGCGAAGAAGGGCUGGUGAGACAGCUAAGGAUUUAAUAGAUCGCCCACAAGAGACUUUUGAGCAGCCUAGCGGACCAGGAAGCUAUACUAAGGAAAAAAGUGAUGCUGUCCGUUCCAUGACCAAUCCAAAGUCAUACGUACCUGAAGACAACUCAGAAAAUGAUGUGCCCAAGGUUAAAACAAUGAAAAAGAAGACAUCACUUGUCCCAAAGAUUGUUUUGUCCUUGGCACGGAAAAAGUCACAACCAGUUAAGUCGGACAUGUUCAGUAUAUAACUGCUGUUGAUCAGAAUGCUAUUGUUGUGUAUGUAUCUUAAGCCAAUUCCUUCAAACAUGCUGUAAUCUAUUGGUUGAGGCUAUUGAUUACAUGAAUGCCUUUGUAUGCUGUACGAUGUGAGAAAAUUCUAAACAAGAUAUAAGAAUAUGAUCUGAAGGUGUUACAAGAGCU